AUGGCUUCAAAAACUCAAGGAAAUUCACAGCCUGGAGAGUCAUCAACGAGUCAACUAAACCAGCCGCCACCAGCAUAUGAGCUGUUUGAUGAAACGACUGCUACUUUGAGCAUCAUUCAGGAUGGCUUCAAUACCCAGACUCAUGUGAGAAAUGACGGAAGAGUUGACAUAAGCAUUGAUGAGUCCGACUCACAGCUCACCAAACAAAUCGAGGCACUGCAUCUAGCUGCCCACCAACAGACUGACGCCCCAUCAAUACCAUCAGAACCAGCACCAGAGUGCACCGAGAAGAGACCAGCAGAGCGUCCACCUCCACUCAAUGUAGUGAUCCAUGUCGUCGGCUCUCGUGGCGAUGUUCAGCCCUUCGUCGCCCUUGGGCGAGUACUGAAAAACAGCUACGGCCAUCGAAUCCGUCUAGCUACUCAUGGAACCUUUAAAAAGUUCGUGGAAGAGAACGGCCUCGAAUUCUUCGAAAUCGGUGGUGACCCAGCGGAGCUAAUGGCUUUCAUGGUCAAAAAUCCAGGACUCAUUCCUGGCGUGAAGUCCCUCAAAGCUGGCGACGUAGGCAAGCGACGGAAAGGCAUGGCCGAGAUCUUGCAGGGCUGCUGGAGGUCGUGCGCCGAUGCGAAUGAGGUCAAGCAAGAUGAUGGGCAAGCGCAGAGUUCAAGUGCAUUGAAAGUCAGACCGUUCAUUGCAAACGCCAUCAUAGCGAACCCGCCAAGCUUUGCUCAUAUCCACUGUGCCCAAAAAUUGGGAAUACCUCUGCACUUGAUGUUUACCAUGCCCUGGUCUCCAACGCAUGACUUCCCACAUCCGAUUGCGAACAUCAAAUCUUCUAAUGCUAGUGGGAGUAUGACAAACGAGAUGUCAUACACACUCGUCGACAUGAUGACUUGGCAAGGACUUGGAGACAUCAUAAACAAAUUCAGAAAAGAGACACUCGAUCUUGGAAUUAUCACUCAGGCGUCUGCUGUCAGCAUGCUUCAUCGUUUGAGAAUACCGUACACUUAUUGCUGGUCACCAGCGCUGAUCCCCAAACCAAAAGAUUGGGGCUCUCAUAUAGACAUAUCAGGCUUUUAUUUUCUCUCGCUUGCAUCAAAUUAUGGACCAGAUCCAGAUCUAGCCGCCUUCCUAGAAGCCGGCCCUCCACCAGUAUACAUCGGAUUCGGAUCCAUUGUCGUCGAUGAUCCUAAUGCUAUGACUGAAUUGAUCUUCGAAGCUGUUCGGAAGACAGGACAACGUGCCCUGGUAUCGAAAGGAUGGGGUGGCUUCGGUGGAGAUGAGCUGAACAAGCCCGACGGUGUAUUCAUGCUGGGUAACUGUCCCCACGACUGGCUUUUCCAACGAGUCUCUUGUGUGGUUCAUCACGGUGGAGCUGGUACUACCGCAGCAGGAAUUGCUCUCGGUCGCCCAACGGUCAUAGUGCCUUUCUUCGGGGACCAGCCUUUUUGGGGCGCCAUGGUAGAGCGUGCUGGCGCUGGUCCCGCGCCGAUACCUUUCAAAGACCUGACAGCAGAUACUCUCACAGCUGGUAUUCUCGAGGCUCUCAAGCCAGAAACACUCGAGCGUGCAAAAGAGCUUGGGGAUCGCAUUCGAGAAGAAAAGGGGAGUGAAGCGGGAGCAGCGAGCUUUCACGCACAGAUGGAUGUUGCUAACUUGCGAUGCACCAUGACGCCAAGUCGAGUCGCCGUCUGGCAGGUCAAAACCAAAGGGAAAACGAGCAAUAUCAAGCUCAGCGCAUUCGCAGCAACUGUACUGGGAGAUGAAGGCUUGAUAGACGUUAACCAGCUGAAACUGUACCGACCAUGCGAAUAUGCAGUUGAAGAGCACACCGUCAUCGCAAACCUAAGUGGAGCCAAUCCCGUCAUGGGAACCCUCGGCUCCAUCGCCUCAGGCGUCCUCCACAUCCCCGUCGACAUCGCAAAAGCCUGGGGUGGACUCGUCUACGAGCCCUACAAAGGCGCGAAAGCCAACGGCUGGAAAGGCUUCGGAAAAGGAAUCGGCAAAGGCCUAGGUGGUUGGUUCCUCCGCUCACGAGGCUUGACCAUCGGUGGUAAGCAUUAUGGCCUUCGUGCUGUAUUCGAAGCCAUCAAAAAGCGCAUGGGCUCUGAUACCCUGAGCUUCAUCCUCGCGGCGCAUUUCACGCAAGGGUAUGAAGAGGCGAGCGCUGCGACGGAGGAGGAGAGACAAGCUAUUCUGAUGAAGUGGAGGGAGAUGAAGCCGGAUUUGAAGAAGGAGGUCACGGCAACGAGUACGAAUGCGAGUGUCUCGAGCUCGAGUUCUAUAUUGACGCCUACGAGCUCGGGAACUUCGAGAAGUCCAUCGACUACCACGGCAGGUCAGAGUAGUGGUGUUACGGGCAAUGGGGAUGGUUCUCCUCUGCCUCCAAACAAUAGUGCAAGAUGA